AUGAAGCUGAUGUCGUUAUCGUCGAUCUGUGGCAUCGUUUUCCUGUGUUAUAUUUUACAUUCCACGUACACACUUUACAUGCUGUUUCGGGCACCGCAAUGUACCGAUACGCCUUGUUACCAGUCACAGCUGACCAAGGGCAAGUUCUUGCAGCUCUCGCUGUACACUUCCCCGCUGGCGAAUCCGACGAGCGGCAACAAGGUAACCAAGCUCGGUACCGUCAAUCCGUUCGAUCCGUUCAUCGAGCUAGAGAAAACGUACACCAUUAAGCUACCGAAAGAAACACGUUCGAAUGGUACGCUUUAUAUGUUUGCGGUGCUGACGAAAGGGGCCAAAUCGUUGGAUUGGGAUACGGUAAGAAGCCAAAGCACGUCGGUGAUCAAAAAGUUUGGCUUGACACACUACAUGGUACCUAAAACAGCUACAAUAAAUCUGCUGAACGAUAAGGGUGCAACAAAAAGGCCGAAUAAAUCCGUGAACCAAAAGCGCAUUGCUCACAUUCGACAAAAUGUGUUCAUACACAUCAUUACCGAACCAUUUUCCGUGUCGCCGAGGGAUGUACCGGCCGAACUGGCACGUGAUAUUCGCAUCACACCGGACAAUCUCGUGAUGCCCAUUAUAAGGAAUGAUUUUGCAAAAGAAAAGCUUGCCGAUCUGGUAGAAAUCGAUCCGAAGGCAACGGAAGCCAGCGUAACCGUCCACUACGCUCCCAGUUCGGUCGGGAAAAUCAAGAUGUUGGCUCAGAUUGAACGGGCAAUGAAGGAUCUGACGAGGCUGGGCUUUAGCGAGAAGGAUAUUGAUGAGGUGAAAUCAAUCUUCUCUGAUACGAACGUUUAUCUGCUAUGUGGAACAAUCAUCAUCAGUAGCGUUCAUCUUUUGAUCGAUUUCCUUUCGUUCAAAAACGAUAUCCUAUUCUGGAAGCACAAACGGCACUACGCUGGGCUAUCGUUGCGAAGUACUCUGUGGCGAACCUUUAGUCACAUAAUCAUUUUCCUCUAUCUGUUGGACGAAGAAACAUCGCUACUUAUCCUAAUACCGACUGGCAUCGGCACGCUGAUCGAGGUGUGGAAAGCAAAGAAAAUUCUAAAGCUUGAUGUUAGCCUCCGCCACGGCAUCCGAUUCCGGUCGGACGAGAGCGAAUCGGAUGUGCCAAAUGAUAUAAAAACACAGGAAAGCAAUACGCUCGAGUUGGAUAAGCAAGCGAUGCAGUAUUUAAGCUACAUAUUGUAUCCGUUAUGCGUUGCUGGAGCUAUUUACUCGUUGCUUUAUCUUCCCCACAAGAGUUGGUAUUCGUGGACCAUCAGUUCAAUGGCAAAUGGAGUGUACGCAUUCGGGUUCCUCUUUAUGCUUCCUCAACUGUUCAUCAACUAUAAGCUGAAAUCAGUCGCAGCACUACCGUGGCGCGUGUUUAUGUACAAAUCGUUCAACACGUUCAUCGACGACGUGUUUGCCUUCAUCAUAACGAUGCCAACAGCGCACCGGUUCGCCUGCUUCCGGGAUGAUGUCGUGUUCUUGGUGUACUUAUACCAACGAUGGCUGUACCCUGUCGAUAAAACACGCAUCGACGAGGACCAGCGAGCACUAAUGGGCAAAGAGGAAGAUGAUGCUACCGAUGAAAAGGAGGACACACAGAAGUCGAGCAAGAAGGACGCUAAGCAAAAUAAGAAAGAUAAUUAA